CAAUAGAUUAACUGUCAAUAUGUAUAAAUAUCACAAAAAAUUUGCCGUUUAGAAAAUUUUAUUUAAACAAUGCGAUUUUGGUCCUUAUAAUACGGUAUAUCGAUAUUUAUGAAGCUAAUCGUUGGACAAAGAGUAAACAAAAUUAAUAGCAUACAAAUAAAAUAAAUUGCAACAGCGAAUUAAGGGUAAUAGAUGCGCAAUCUCGUUGCCAAACGCCAUUUAUUGGAGCUGCGCCAAAACAACAACUGCAGAAUUGAACUGCAUUAGACAGCAGAGAAUUUCGAACAGGCAGGUGAGAACGUAACACCUGCUCGCAAUUAAUCGCACAGACACAAAGACUCGGCCCUAAGUACACAUAACUGAAGUGUAUUCUGGCCGGCAGCUAUAUAGAUAGGAUAUCAGCCUUAAUUGGGGCAUCAAAUCGUCUGCCGCUUACGUAACUAAAAGAAUCCGACGCAGUUCCAAGGCUAACAACAUGUCGGACAAAUUAUCAAUGAUCGAUGUGAAUCGUCUGUUCGAUCUGAAGACGUUCACGGGUCGCUUUAAGUACUAUGCCUGGAUGACGGAUCCGCGCACGGCGCUCGUGUCCAAAGAGCGCCUGAUGGAGGCCAAGAAAAUGGUGGACAAUUAUCGGGCUGGCAAGCAGAAGGACAAUCUAACACCUGAGGAAGUGAAAUAUAAUUUGAAGCUAUAUACUUCGGCGUUUCAUCCAGAUUCAGGGGAACUGCAGAACUUUGCCGGCCGCAUGAGUUUUCAGGUACCCGGGGGCAUGCUGAUUACGGGUGGCAUGUUGGCCUUCUAUCGCACCGUGUCCGCCGUGGUGCUCUGGCAGUUCAUCAAUCAGUCCUUCAAUGCGGUCGUCAACUAUACGAAUCGUAAUGCCAAUUCACCGACCAGUGUUACGCAGCUGGGCCUGUCUUUUGUCACAGCCACAACCGCAGCAUUGGUUGCAGCCAUUGGAUGCAAGAAUUACUGGUCGAAACAUGCGUCACCGUUGAUGCAACGUUAUGUGCCGUUUGCGGCUCUGGCGGCAGGCAACUUAGUCAAUAUUCCCUUUAUGCGCCAGAACGAGAUUAUCAGUGGCAUUGAGGUGAAGAAUGACGACGGUAAGGUUGUCGGCCAGAGUCGCCUGGCUGCCGUUAAAGGUAUCAGCCAGGUGAUCACAUCGAGAAUUGUAAUGGCAGCGCCGGGCAUGUUGUUGCUGCCCAUCAUUAUGCAGCGACUGGAGAAGAUGCCAGCAUACAAGCGCAUGAAAUGGAUAAAUGCGCCCUUCCAAACACUAAUGGUGGGCUGCUUCCUCUGUUUCAUGGUGCCCGCAGCCUGUGCGAUUUUCCCGCAAGAAUGCAGUCUGAGCACCUCUACAAUGCGCAACUUUGAGCCGGGACUCUUUAAAGACAUGGUCAACCGUACUGCGGGCAAGGUACCCGAUCGUGUCUACUUCAACAAGGGUCUGUAAGCAGGACCUGGCAAUCGUCAGCUCGACGCUUAGACAAUAAAAUCUUAAGUAUUGCUUGUCAUCAUCGUUUGGGCAUUUACAGAAACGCGCAACGCAUUGUUCCUUGUUCUAUGUCACAUCAUAAAAGUAUAUAUCAUAUUAUGAGUCCCUUGUCCCUUGUUUCAAAAUUAUAAGUUUUUCGACAGUGUUUGUGUAAUUUGCAUAGCAUAAAUCAUUUUCUACCUGAUUUUCUACUCAGUUUAUACGAAAGUAUUAUAAUAUUUCAUUCGAAAACAAAUAAAAUCUAUUGCAAAUGCCUAUCAUUAGGCCCCUAAA